CUUUUUUGUUUGUCUCCGUUAACCACACCCUCUCAGGUGCUCCUUCCAAAUGAGAAAAUCGGAGAACGCUGUACUUAAUCCCCUGAAGACUUAAAAAAAAAGAAGUUUUUGUAAAAUUCUAUGCCAGUAUGUUCUAGAACUCUAGAGCUGCUUUCAGUUGUGAUGGUUACAUCAGCAUUAGAAUGUUCAGUUAAGAGCAUUCUUAUCACAUUAUUUGCAAAAUUACACAUUAAAGGGUUAAAAGCAAAACUGUUUUAAGUGUACAAAGUAACUUGUAUAAUAGUAGAGUACACAAAAAUAUUUACGUGUGUGCAUUAUUGCAGUAAAAAUGUAAUAAGUUUAAAUUAGUCUUGCUAAAGUUGCAGUUAGUGGUGAUGAGGCUGGUGGUGAGCAGAAUGAGGUGGUCUUGGAGGAAGAGGAGUAAGAAGAGAAUGAGUUUAAUUAAAUCAGUGAUGACAAUGAACUUGCUAGAAGUCAUCACGGUUUCAUCUUUGGCCUCUCUCCCACUCUCUGCUCGUUUGGUCUUGUCUUUCGUGAAUACAAUAACACUGAAAUCCCUUUUCGCCGAUUCGCGAGAGUAACACAUGCGCCCAUCCACACUGUGGGGCGAGCCGCUGCACUGAGAAAUUAUUCUCUCAGUCAAACCAUUAAACCGUUUAUGAAAAUUAUUUUUAUUUUUAUGACAAACCCCUGAAUAACAGCCGAAGACUUCCCCCCUUAUGAAACAUUUUAUUGCGAAUCUAAUGUGCGUCUAGUCCGGCAUUGCUGCACACAGAUAAUUCGCUAAUUGAGACAAGGUGAUUGGUGCAAAUAGAAAGCAUAUGUACACUCUGGCCCUCUGGAACAAAGUUGCCUGACCAUGAGAUCUAAAUUUCAGGAGGGACAGUGAGGGUGUGUAGUUUUGUGUGUUUCCUGCGCCUGUUUCCUCCUAACGUGUCCCUUUCGCCCGUCUCUCCGUCCCGCAGGUUCAAAUCUGAGGCGGAUGACCUCCGCGUGACCCCGGACGGGCCCUGCUCUCUAUUCCUGGGCCCUUACGAGUCUCACCUGCAGCUCUUUGUGUGGAAGGAGAUGCUGCCGAUGAUCAGGCCAGCUCCUGACAGCAUAACCGUGGAGGACAACGACGACCCGGUUUUGAGAGUGUCGUGCGACCGCUCCAGCGUCAGGCACGUGGACCCGAGGUCCGCGGGCGCGUGGUCUUUCGGGAAGGGUCCCGAGUUCUCCAUGUCCCACACGUGGAGCCGCGAGGCGUUCCGGUCCGGGCAGCACUACUGGGAGGUGACGGUUGGGCAGAAGACCCACUGGAGCCUCGGCCUGGACGCCGGUCCCCGCGGCAGCCGGGAGAGCGUCUGCCGGCUGAACGGCCGCUUCGGCAAGCUGCGGUUGAAGACGCGGCGGGAGGUGCCGCUGGACCUGGCCGCCGGGCCGCGCGUGGUCGGCACGUACCUGGACUGCGACAGGAAGCGCGUGGCCUUCUACGACGGCGACACCGCGGCCCUCAUCGCCGCCGCCGCGUACGUCUCCGACGGGCCCCUGUACGCCUACUUCAACCCCGGCUUCUACCUCCAGGGGGAGAACGCGGACCCGCUGGCCGUUCGCCAGUACGGACGUCCCGACGCAGGUUCCUCGCGCUUAAGAGCUGAACCUCUGAUUUUGCGCUCAGAGAUCGUUUAAAAAAAAAACAAAACAAGAGCUGUUUUUGAUAUCAAUCACAUUAUUAUUAUUAUUAUUUUUAAUUCAAAUCAUCUUUCUGAAAACU